AUGCUAAGUAAUGCCAUAGAGCCUUCAAAUAACUGGUCUUUGUAUCCAGUAAAUUUAGUGGACGGCUUAUGUUUUGAUAAUUAUGAUGAAGCGGCAAAAAAAGAGAGAGAGAUAUUCCUGUCAGCUUCUGAAUCCGACCACCGAAGUUAUAAAAAAUCAAAGCCUAACAAUUGUUCCUCAAGAAAAAACCUUUUUGGAAGUAAUGGCAGUAUUAAUGAUAGCGACAGCAGUGAUGGUGAUCAACCACUUAUGGUAAUAAAGAAAAGAAAUGAUGAAGCAAAAAGUUUAACUGGUGUUCAAGAAGAGUCUUGCAAUUAUAGUUUUGAACCAAAUUCAUUGGGAUCUAUGUCUUCUAUUAUAAAUUAUGAUAAACACCUUAAAACUACAUUGCAAAAACGAAAAACCAUGUGA